AUGUAUAAAUCAAUAUAUUAUCUAUGGUUUUUUCUCGUUACAAUUCAAACACAAUUCAUUGAUGAUGAUUCAUCCGAUCCAUUAGGUAUGGACGAAGCCAAUUUAACAAUAAGCAAUACAAACUAUCCACAUCCUAUUAUAUUUACAUAUAAUGUAAUAGAAUGUGAACGAUGUAAUUUUGAAAGAUUAAAUGAUUUAAUUCAACCAAAUACUAGUUAUAUUGUUAAAAUCAAUACAGUCUAUGCGUAUGAUUUUCGUGUUAUAAAUGAAACAAAUGAAACUGUAUGUCAAAUAAAAUCAUAUAAAUUCUCUGAACAUGGUUCAUAUCAAUUUGAAAGUUCUUGUAUUAUAUAUCAAAUAGAAGAAUCAGGUUAUUAUUGGUUACCUGUGAUCAUAGGCAUGAGUAUUAUCUUUCUAUUCAUUAUAUUUACACAAAUAUGGCAUUGUAUAUCUCGUAGUCCACGUUGUGCUCGUUUUCUUCCUAGUUUUACUCAACAAGAAUUAAUAAAUAAAGAUUCUUUUAUUCAAUUACCAAGAACUCCAACAACAAUUGUUAAUGAUUCAAAUGAUGAUAUUAUUGGUACACUUUCAUCAAGUACUGAAUUACGGUUAGUUGGGUCAACACGAUUAUCAAAUAAUUCAGUUCGAAUUACAAAAGUUUUACCUAAACGUCUUCGAUCAUUAGAUACAUUUCGAGGAUUAUCAUUGAUGAUCAUGAUUUUUGUUAAUUAUGGUGGUGGUGGAUAUUGGUUUUUUAAACAUUCUGUUUGGAAUGGUUUAACUAUUGCUGAUAUGGUUUUUCCAUGGUUUACAUGGAUGAUGGGCAUUUCAAUUGUUCUUUCACAACGAUCACUUCGAGCAAAAAAUAUACGAAAAAGCACAAUUUUUUUCAAAAUAUGCCGACGAACUCUAGUACUUUUUACAUUAGGUAUAAUGCUACAAGGUGGUUCUGAAAGAUGGGUUUUUAUUCGAAUAUUUGGUGUCCUUCAACGGUUAGCUAUAUGUUAUUUUUUCGCUGCUAUACUUGUACUUAUUUUUGAUGAUGCUGAAGAUGAACCAUAUUCAUCUGAAUGGCCCAUAGGUGAUGAUGUUCAUCAGCCGAUACGAAUAGAAUUAUCCAAUACAUUAUUUCAUUUUUGGCCACAAUGGAUUUUUAUUUUAUUGAUCACUCUUGCUUGGAUUUUAAUUACUUUUCUACCGAAAUUUGAAAAUUGUCCACACGGUUAUUUAGGGCCAGGAGGAAAACAUGAACAAGGAAAAUAUGAAAAUUGUACUGGAGGAAUGGCUGGAUAUAUUGAUAGAUUAAUUUUAAGAAGUUCUCAUAUGGAUAAUCAUCCAACAUGUAAAAAUGUUUAUGAUACUAAAAUACCAUACGAUCCUGAAGGGCUUUUGGGUAUUUUAACUGGAACUUUACUUUGUUAUCUUGGUGUUCAAGCAGGUCAUAGUUUUGCUCAUGCAACACGUAUACGUCGUGUUUGUGCUCAUUGGAUUAUAUCUGGUUUUAUUUGUGGAUCAAUUGGUUUAGCUUUAUCAAAAGGUGGUCAAUCAGAUAGUUGGAUACCAAUUAAUAAAAAUCUUUGGUCACUUAGUUUUGUACUUAUUUUAGCUGGUUUAGCUUUCAUUAUUCUAACAAUAUUGUAUUUACUUGUCGAUGUUUGGAAUUGGUUUACUGGUGAACCAUUUUUAUGGCUAGGAAUGAAUUCUAUUGUUAUUUAUGUUGGACAUGAAGUAUGUUCAAAUAUGUUUCCUGUACAAUUUAAAGUCGAAGAAACAAGACAUUGGCAAUUAAUGACUAUGCAUAUUUAUGGAGUUAUGUUUUGGACUAUUGUAGCAGGUUUAAUGUAUCUUAAAAAAACUUUUAUUGCGAUUUAA